AUGGAGAGCAAGAAGAUCGGUUUGGUGGUGGUAGUAGCCAUGGUGCUUGCACUAACCUUGGCACAGUCUAGUUUUGCAAGAAUGCCAUAUCCUUUCAUCUUGGAUGCUAUCUGGGUUGAUGAUCAAACCAUGAUGCCAGGUGAACUUGUCAUUGAGCGUAAGUUAGGCAGUUGCUACAAUCAAUGCCAUUAUAAUAGCGAUUGUACUGAUGGACGUAGCUGUGUCCUUUUUAGUACGAAACAGCCUGGGUCGUGCAGUCAUAAAGAGUAA